CCGACCAGACGAACUGCUCGCCUCGGGACCCGCGGGGCUCGUUGGAGAGGCGGUACCGAUCCAGUCUUGUGUCCAUAAUAGGAGAAGAAGUCAACAGUUAAACGGGUUCUCGCCUUGGCAACGACAACUGUCAUCAUACAGGAUCCACGGUGGACACGAUGGAGGACGACCUGAUGUUCAGCAUGGAGGAGGAGGGGAGCGCCACCCGGCCGCCGAUCGCACAGCGUCUGACGUCCCUCACCACAGACGAGGAAGAGGACGACGACGACUUCAUCUGCUCCAUCCUGGACGACCCCACCAGGGAGAUCUGCCAGUACAUGCAGAACAUGGUCAACAACCGCCAGCUCUCCGACUCCUUCCCCAAAAGUGGCUUCUCCUACAAGAGUGACGCAGACAAUGUGACGGAAGGUUCGUACAAGGUUUUGUCAGAGAGUGCACGGGAGACGUGGAAAAAUGCGGUGAAAAAAGCCAAAGCCAUGCCGGACCCCUGGGCGGAGUUUCACCUGGAGGACAAAGAGACAGAAGCGUGCUCACGCUACAGGUACAACGCCAUCACUGGGGAGUGGGCCCAAGACCAGGUCCACAUCAAGAUGGCUGCACAGCCGUUCGGGAAAGGCGCCAUGAGGGAGUGCUUCAGAACGAAGAAGCUGUCCAACUUCUCGCACAGCAGCAACUGGAAGUCGGCGUGCAACUACGUGGCCAAGCGCUACAUGGAGACGGUGGACAGGAGCGUCUACUUCGAGGACGUGCGGCUGCAGAUGGAGGCCAAACUCUGGGGGGAGGAGUUCAACCGCCACAGGCCUCCCAAGCAGGUGGACAUCAUGCAGAUGUGCGCCGUGGAGAUGACGGAGAGGCCUGGCAAGCCGCUCUUCCACCUGGAACAUUACAUCGAGGGCAAGUACAUCAAGUACAACUCCAACUCCGGCUUUGUGCGCGACGACAACAUCCGGCUGACGCCGCAGGCCUUCAGUCACUUCACAUUUGAGCGUUCGGGUCACCAGCUGAUCGUGGUUGACAUCCAGGGCGUAGGCGACCUUUACACCGACCCGCAGAUCCACACAGAAAAGGGGACUGACUUUGGCGAUGGAAAUCUGGGCGUUCGAGGCAUGGCGCUGUUCUUCCACUCCCACCUGUGCAACAAAAUCUGCAAGAGCAUGGGCCUGACGCCCUUUGACCUCUCCCCACCCGAGAAGCAGCAGCUGGACUGCACCAACAAACUGCUGAAAUCGGCUAAAACCGUGCUGAGGGGCUGCGAGGAACAGUGCGGCUCCCCCCGCGUCCGCACCAUGUCCGGGAGCCGGGGGCCGCCGCUGUUAACCCGCCUGUCCGAGACGUCGUCCGCGGACGAGAGCAUGAGCGACGCCGACUCCGUCCCCUGCUCGCCCUUGGUGGCGCACGGAUACAUGGGGCGCUCCCCCGCUGGUUUGUCUUUCACUGGCAUGUUCGAGCAGGAAAGAAUUGACAACACAGGCGAGCACAAGGACUCAGACAGCGGCGGGGACAGUGGCUACCCAAGCGAGAAGAGGAGUGAGGGCGACCCCAACGACCACGUGGACGGGGCUCGCCAACGCUACCAAAGACAUUAUUCCGAGUCGGACGAGGACAGUUUUAAACGGCUGACGGAGGAGAGGUGGAGCUUCUUCCACUCGUCUCGCGCCCACGUGCACAGAUCCUCCUGCGUGGCCACCGAGGUGGAGCGACUCAGCUCCCUGCUGCAGAAGCGCAUCGGCCAGUCUGUCCUGGGAAAGGUCCACCUGGCCAUGGUGCGCUACCACGAGGCUGGGCGUUUCUGCGAGAAGGACGAGCAGUGGGAUCAGGACUCGGCCAUGUUCCACCUGGAGCGAGCCGCCCAGUGCGGGGAGCUGGAGGCCAUCGUGGUCUUGGGUCAAUGCUGCCUGCAGCUGCCGCACCACAUCCUGCCAAACAUGGAGCUGGAGGACAACGCGGGAAACCGGAUGAAAGGAUUCAAGUAUCUGCUGCAGGCCGCGGAAGCCGGUGACCGAUCCUCAAUGAUCGUAGUGGCCCGAGCUUUUGAUACGGGGGUCAACCUGUCUGCAGACAGGAAGCAGGACUGGGAGGAGGCGAUCCGCUGGUACGACAGCGCAUUGAACAUGAGCGACCACGACGAAGGCGGCGAGUUCGACGGCAUGCAGGACGAGCCCCGUCACCUCCUGCUGGCCAGAGAGGCGGCCAUGUUCCAGGAGGGAGGCUUCAACCUCACGGCCAACCCGCAGAAAGCAGGCGACUUGUUUACAGAAGCAGCAGAGGCCGCCACGGAGGCCAUGAAGGGUCGCUUGGCCAACCAGUACUACAUGAAAGCCGAGGAGGCGUGGGCCAUGAUGGAGGAGUAAAUCUGCGUCCGGGUGCGCACUUUUAACACGAAGUGGAUUGACGUUUACAUAUUUUUAUAACACAUUUCUAAGCUCCUGGUGCUUUGCAUGUUUCAGUCCUCCAUCUUCAUCAAGUUACCUGUGCAGGAUUUUCUCUUCCAAGUACCCAAUUUACCGUAUUUUCCGGACCAUAGGGCGCACCGGAUUAAAAGGCGCACUGCCGGUGAGCGGGUCUAGUCAGGUCUAUUUUCAUACAAAAGGCGCACCGGCUUAUAAGGCGCAUUAAAGGCCUACUAAAAUGGAAUUUUCUCAUUUAAACGGGGAUAGCAGCUCCAUUCUAUGUGUCAUACUAGAUCAUUUUGCGAUAUUGCCAUAUUUUUGCUGAAAGGAUUUAGUAGAGAACAUCCACGAUAAAGUUUGCAACUUUUGGUCGCUAAUAAAAAAGCCUUGCCUGUAGCGGAAGUAGCAGACGAUGUGCGCGUGACGUCACGGGUUGUGGAGCUCCUCACAUCUGAACAUUGUUUAUCAAUCAUGGCCACCAGCAGCAAGUGCAAUUCGGACCGAGAAAGCGAGGAGUUCCCCAUUAAUUUGAGCGAGGAUGAAAGAUUUGUGGAUGAGGAAAGUUAGAGUGAAGCACUUAAAAAAAUUAAAUGAAAAGGCGACGGCUCCAGGCGACGGCAGUGUGAGCGAUUCAGAUGUUUUUAACACAUAUACUAGGAUAAUUCUGGAAAAUCCCUUAUCUGCUUAUUGUGUUAAUAGUGUUUUAGUGAGAUUAUAAAGUCAUACCUGAAAGUCGGAGGGCUGCGGUGAACGCCAGGUUCUCUGAGAGAAGCCAAUGCAGGAGCCAAAAUCACAGCUGCCUUUUUGACAGCUGCAGGAGGAGGUCGCAUAAUCCACUGAUGUCUCCGGUAAAAGCAGACUUCAUAUCACAAUUUUCCCAUCCAAAAACUUGCUGGUUGACGUAGAGAAACAUGUUCGCUUGACAACCCUGUGUUAAAGCUUCACAACAAACAAAGAAACACCGGCUGUGUUUCAGUGCUAAAGGCAGCUGCAAUCCACCGCUUUCCACCAACAGCAUUCAUCUUUGACGUCUCCAUUAUUAAUUGAACAAAUUGCAAAGGAUUCAGCAACACAGAUGUCCAGAAUACUGUGUAAUUAUGCGAUGAAAAGAGACGACUUUUAGGCCCAAGUGGUGCUGGGCUAAUAUGUCCGCUACAACCCGAGACGUCACAAACACUCGUCAUCAUUCCGCGACGUUUUCAACAAGAAACUCCGCGGGAAAUUUAAAAUUGCAAUUUAGUAAAGUAAAGCGGCCGUAUUGUCAUGUGUUGCAAUGUUAAUAUUUCAUCAUUGAUAUAUAAACUAUCAGACUGCGUGGUCGCUAGUAGUGGCUUUCAGUAGGACUGUAAAGGAGUCAUAUAAUUAUUUUUUUUCUAAAUGUAAAAGACUUCCUUGUGGUUUACAUCAGUGUUUUCCAACCACUGUGCCGCGGCACACUGGGAGAUGAUCUAAUUUCACCUAUUGGUUAAAAAUAUUUUUCGCAAACCAGUAAUUAUAGUCUGCAAAUGAUGCGUUGUUGUUGAGAGUCGGUGCUGUAUAGAGCUUGGCAGAGUAAGCGUGGAAUACUCUUCUGUAUCAGUAGCUAAUUGCUUUGUUGAUGUCAAAAAUAGCGGGAGGCAGUGUGCAGGUAAAAAAGGUGUCUAGUGCUUAAAGCAAAAAUAAACAAAAGGUGAGUGCCCCUAAGAAAAGGCUUUGAAGCUUUGGGAAGGCUAUGCAGAACAAAACUAUAACUGAAUUGACUACAAAUUAAAAACAGAAUGCUGGACGACAGCAAAGACUUACUGUGGAGCGAAGACGGCGUCUGCAUCCGAACAUGACGUGACAAUCAAAAAUGUCCCCACAAAGAAGGAAAAAACAACUGAAAUAUUCUUGAUUGCGACAACAAAGUAGACGCAGGAAGUAUCGCUCAAAGGAAGACAUGAAACUGCUUCAGGAAAAUACCAAAAAAAAAGAGAAAAAGCCACCAAAAUAGGAGUGCAAGACAAGAAUAAAAUACUACACACAGGAAAACGGCCAAAAAGUCCAAAUAAGACAACCAUUUACUGUCAACUGAGUUUCGUUUUUUAUUAUUUUCUUCUGGUGGUUUGCCUCCGCAUUUUUUCAACACAAAAAAUGUGCCUUGGCUGAAAACCAGUGGUCUACAUAACACGUAAUUGUGAUUCUUUGGUCCAAAUGUUGCAGAGAUGAUGUUUUACACAUCAUCUUCCAGUCGCUUUCUGACAAUCUCUUCAGGAUGCGCCGUUUUGUGGCCGCUCUUAUUUAUUUACGUGGCUCAGUUUCCACAGCGUCUUCUCCCCGUCAUCUUUGUUGUAGCGGUGUAGCGUGCAAGGACGGGAGUGGGAGAAGUGUCAAAAGAUGGAGCUAACGGUUUUAAUAGCAUUCAGACUUUACUUCAAUCAAUGACAGAGCAGCAUCUCCUCAUCCGUGGCUCACUAGUGCAACAACAACACCCGAAAUGUUUCCCGUGAAAAACAGUCCGACCGGAACUCUCUAAUAACUAAAGUUUCUUGGGUGAAUAAUGUAAAGUCACCACACCAGUUUGUUUUAGUGCUUUCAUGGCGAGUUUACUGACAGACAUAAGUAAGAACUUUACACUACUUUAUAUUAGAAAUGGCAAGAGCGGAGAAUGAAUGUCCCAUAACAAGAAGAAAGAGAAAAAGAAGAAGCUUAUCGACUACGUUGUCGCCACGAACUACAAUGGCGGAGGCGCGCAAAUUUUCAGGACUUAUGCAGAUCCCAAAUACACAUCAGCAGGCACCAGAAGGUAGGAAACGUUGCUUUUGCAUAAUAUUGCGAAACAAAACGCCAGAUAAUGUCUUACCUUAUACACACACCAUAAUAAUAUCAAUCAAUCAAUGUUUAUUUAUAUAGCCCUAAAUCACAAGUGUCUCAAAGGGCUGCACAAACCACAACAACUUCCUCGAUACAGAGCCCAAAUAAGGGCAAGGAAAAACUCACACCCAGUGGGACGUCGGUGAUAAUAAUAAUACUCCCAUGUUGAAGCAUAGUACAAUCCAUGCAGCUUUAUAGUUUACCAAAGUCGCACUAAAACAUUUUAAUAGAUUUUUCAGCGCCGUGUGUAAUGUUUCAUAUUUUCAAUGGAACAUACAUUAUUUUGGUUUUGUUUACUUGAGUCGUAUGGCAGUCUACAUGUAUUUCUUAUGUGUGACAGCCAUCAUAUUGCAGUCAACACAUAUCUCUUAUGUGUGACUGCCAUCUACUGGUCACAUUUAUCAUUACACCAUGUACCAAAUAAAAUAUAUAGUCCUGUAGUCUUAAAUAUAAAGUACAUACUAUUCGAACUAAAUUAAUGAUAAACAAUAUGAUAUAUCUGUGAUGAGGGGCGACUUGUCCAGGGUGCACCCUACCUUCCGCCCAAAUGCAGCUGAGAUAGGCUCCAGUGACUCCAAAAGGCACAAAUGGUAGGAAAUGGAUGGAUGGCUGGCAUAAUGAUAUUUUAUUUAUUUUCUUAAAUAAACAGUCAAUAAAAUCUGAGUACAAAUGAAAAUACUGCCCCACAGGUUUUGUCAUCAUUUUUGCGCUUAAGAAACUUCUCUAUGACUUUUGCACUUGUAGUCAGACCAUGUACCAAAUAAAAUUCCUUCGAGGUCGGUAAGCACAACCAGAAUUAUUCCCGUACAUAAGGCGCACUGUCGAGUUGUGAGAAAAUGAAAGGAUUUUAUGUGCGCCUUCUAGUCUGUAAAAUAUGGUCCUCCUUGUCCGUCUGUCCAGUUCUCAAUGGAGUGUGUGAAGCCCCAACUUGACACCCCCCCCCAAAAAAAAUAUUUACAUAACUUUCUAUUGGAUGAAUGUUUGUUUAAAAAAAGGAAAAGGAAGAUUAUACUGUAAGAAAAUUGUAAAAAAAAAAAAAAAAAUAAAGUUUGCAUUGCCUUUUUUCUGA